GCGGCCAGCGUCGGAGCUUGCCGCGCCCUUUCCGCCCCUCGCAGCCCAAAGUCAGCUAGCGUUGUCCCGGCGUGCAGGUAACAACAGGAGCGCCGAUAUAAGUCCCGGAAGCAGGCGGAAGAUUGGCCUGAGGACAUUGCCGGUUUCGUGCCAAAACGUUGAACGCAAACUUUGCUGGAAUUGCAACAAAAUUACAUUUAGUUCCUUUUUUGUGCUCGUUCACCUUGUUUUGGGCGUCGCGGCUUCGCGGGAGGUGACCUCAGGUACUUCCAGGCAAUUUGUUUGCCAGCUCGACGAUUCAAGUGGAUUUACUCGAAGAACAAGCUCAAACUUAACAAACCAGACGAGCUUCCUCACCGGCGCAUCCGAUGGCAUGCCACCCUUCAGGCCAUCUGUCAGAAGGCCUGUCUGAAUGGCGCCCUAGUGCGGCCCGUCUUGCCCUCGCCUGAACGGAGCUUCGCCACCUCGCCCCUCGUCCGAUCCCAGCCUACGCUGACCUCCUCGCCGACAUGGAUACCCAGACGGAUGAUAGGGAGGGCUGCUACUUCAAUCAAACCAUCAAAUUUUUUUACCAGAAAAGCGGCAAGAACAUCAGCGACCACUGGCGCACCCGCGACUACAUCAUCGUCUCGCUAGGCAUAACGGUCUGCUUUAUCGUCAUCUUCUCCAACUUGCUUGUCAUCGGCGCCAUUUUGAAAAAUCGACGCUUUCACUACCCCAUCUAUUACUUAUUGGGGAACCUGGCUUUGGCAGACCUUUUUUCAGGUGUCUCCUACCUCCACUUGAUGUUCCACACUGGUCCGUGGACCAUCAAGCUGUCCAAAUAUCAAUGGUUUGUGCGUCAGGGACUCAUCGACACCAGCCUGACCGCAUCCGUCCUCAACCUCUUGGCAGUGGCGGUGGAGCGCCACCAGACCAUCUUCAACAUGCAGCUUCACAGCAAGAUGAGCACCCGGCGGGUCUUCGUCAUCAUGAUCUUCAUCUGGCUGGUGGCCAUCGUCAUGGGCCUGGUGCCCACUAUGGGCUGGCACUGCCUGUGUGACCUGGAACACUGCUCUACCAUGGCGCCGCUAUACAGUCGCAGCUACCUGGUGUUCUGGGCGGUCCUCAACCUGCUCACCUUCUCCAUCAUGGUGGCUGUCUACACUCGUAUCUUCUUGUACGUGCGCCACAAGAGCAAGCAGAUGUCGCAGCACACCACCCAGAUGAGACACAGAGAGACUGUGCUGAACCUAAUGAAGACGGUCUCCAUGAUCUUAGGCUGUUUUGUGAUCUGCUGGACACCGGGUCUGGUGGUGCUCCUUUUGGACGGCCUCGGCUGCGACGACUGCAAAGUGCUACGCUACGAGAAGUACUGCCUGGUGCUGGCAGAGUGCAACUCCCUGGUCAACCCCAUCAUCUACUCCUUCAGGGAUAAAGACAUGAGGAGGACCUUCCGGGAGAUCCUGUGCUGCCUGUGCCGGCGCGGUGGCGAGCCGUCCAGCUUAUCCGGAGUUAACUUUAACACCAUGGACCACGAGAACUCCAAAUCUCGCGACAUGGAACUGAUGGAGAAGAGCAACGGGGCGCCGCUCAUCAGCAAAAACUCGGAUGUGUCGUCUUCAGGGAGGUGGAAUUAAAACGCAUGUGAUAAGGACUGAUAUGUUAAGACAUAAGUUUGGUAUUAUUUUUUUUUGUAUGUGCCUCUUUUUUUUUUCCGUGGACGAUUUGCAAGCUGGAAAUACUGCCGCGUUGCCUUCAAGUUUUUUUUAUUUUUUUUGGGAGAACAAAAUUGUGAAUUCGUUACAAAGCUUUUGUCGUCUUUCCAAGAGGAUGAAACGUAAUAAACCGGCAAUUUGAGUAAAGAACUAUACAUUUUUUCAUUUUUUUAAUGUAGUAAAUCAUCUCAAAAGUACUUUGACUGUUGUAUUUAUAAAAAAAAAAAUAAAAAAAAUACAAGGGGGAACAAAUUUUUGUCUCGGAUUAACUUAUAGCUGCCAUUGAUAGUGAUAGACAUAAAUGGCUGGAGUUUUUGAAGAUUUUCUUAGGACUAAAAUUUGUAAAAAAAAAAAAAAAAAUUUUUUAAUUAAAAAAAGACAAUUGUUGGGGAAAGUGUACAAAAUGUAUAUAAGAAUUAGUUUGGCUAUAUGUCCAGUAUAUAUAAUUUGUAAAUAAAUAAAUAAAUAAAAAGCAAAAAA